UACCCUACUUCAACGAGAGUCAGGAUGAAAUCGCAGAGUUGGGGAUCAUAGCUAAGGAAGUGAAAACCGUUGCUUGUGCAGAAUACAGCGGAGAGACAGAAAAGGAAAUAUAACCUUAUUAUCAACCUUUGAACCUAAUUUAUUCAAGACAACGGAAGAGUCACAAGACAUUUCACAUAUUCACUUUGAGAACAGAAACAUUAUUAUCUAGCUUUUGUGGCGUUAAAUACGCGAGUUCGAGAGUUUUGUCAAAUAGCUCAUUUUAGGAAAAGCUGAGCUGAAAAUGUAUGUUUGAGGAGGAGCGGAAGCAUUUUUUUUUUCCCAGAAGUUGCACUAGUUGUUUUAAAAAGAAAAUAAAGAUAUACAACAUUUGUCCCUGGCAAGAUGGCGUCUGUGAGAUACGAUCCUGGGUCAGAUACCAAAGAAGAUAAUGGCUUCCGUAUAGAUGGGAAGGUUGAGACAAACAUACAAGUUGAUGAUGGUAAAGUGGACAACGGUGAAACAGACAAUAUGUAUCACCAAAUCAGAAAGAUGAUUGCUCCCUUUGUGAUGUCGUUUGGAUUUCGGAUUUUUGGUAUGCUGCUUAUAAUUGUUGAUAUCACCGUGGUCAUUGUUAACCUUGCCACUAUAGACAAUGCCAGUAUCUUUGAAGGCAUUUCUUUGGGAAUUUCUUUCUUCUUCCUUGCUGAUGUGAUACUGAGAGUCUACGUGGAAGGAUUCAAUGCCUACUUCAGUUCUAAGCUGAACAUUGUCGAUGCCUGUAUUGUUUUCGUCACCCUGAUCAUCGCUAUGGUGUUUGCCCUUUCUGAUGUCUCUGGAAUAGCACUCAUCCCCAGGAUGUUAUCCUUCCUGAGGGCAAUGAGGGUCUUCAUCCUUAUUAGGAUCGUCAGGAUUGCCUCUCAAAGGAAGCACCUUGAAAAGGCCACCCGACAAAUGGUCUCUGAAAAUAAAAGGCGUUAUCAGAAGGAUGGCUUUGAUCUUGACCUCACCUAUGUUACUGAUCGCAUCAUUGCCAUGUCUUUCCCAUCUUCUGGAAAGCAAUCUUUUUAUAGGAAUCCUAUCGGGGAAGUUGCAAGAUUCCUGGAUACAAAGCACAUGGAUCACUACAAAGUCUAUAACUUGUGCAGUGAAAAAGGCUACAAUCCCAAAUUCUUCCAUCACAGAGUAGAAAGAAUCUUAAUUGAUGACCAUAACGUCCCUGCAUUGGAAGACAUGCUGAAAUACACUGCAGGUGUUCGAGACUGGAUGGCUGCCGAUCCUCGGAACAUCAUUGCCAUUCAUUGCAAAGGUGGUAAAGGUCGAACUGGAACACUAGUCUGUGCCUGGCUUAUUGACAGUGAGCAGUGUGCAACUGCAAAGGAGUGGCUUAAUUCACUUGAUUUUAGGAAAGUUUACGGAGAGCGAAGAACUGACAAAACCAUGAGUUCAAAAUUCCAAGGAGUUGAGACCCCCUCCCAGAGCAGAUAUGUUGGCUAUUAUGAAAUCUUGAAAAAGAAAUACAACAGACAGCUGCCACCAAGCAAGAGUUUGAAAAUCAGGAGCAUAAGAAUCCACUCUAUAACGGGUGUUGGAAAAAACAAUGGCAGUGAUCUCAGGUUGAAGAUUGUCGUGAAGAAACAAAAUGCAUUUCAAUGUGUUUGUGCUACUCAGGAAAGCUGUAAGCUGUUUUUUGAUGCUGGUAGUAACUCUGCUGUUAUAAGCUUACUUGAGUGUCCUGUUUUAUGUGGAGACGUGAAGAUCAUUUUCGAGUCUAGUGCAGGACUUCCUAAAGGUUAUGAAGACUGUCCGUUCUAUUUCUGGUUCAACACUUCUUUCAUUGAAAAUAACAGGCUUUACCUGUCCAGAGAGGAACUGGACAACCCCCACAAACCAAAGACAUGGGGCAUCUACAAGGAGGACUUUGCAGUAGAACUGUCUUUUUGUGAUCCAUAGCGCUGGAAUCUCUGUGCUGUGGUAACACCGGUUACAGCAGGUUUGGCUGCCAGCAGAAAGAUUUCAGUCAAAUAUUAGCAUGGCAUCUUUGUUCAUAUUUGUUCAAAUAUUUUCUACAAAGGGAAUAUACCACAUAGUUGAUCACCAAUGUGUAUAUCAGGUUGUCUUACCGGACAGCUUUGGUGGUUGAGCGGUUUAUUGUUUUUAAAACAUGGCACCCAAAACGUUAUCUUUAGCACUAUUUUGUAGCCCAUUUUGAGGAGUAAAAACAGACUUUCAUUUCAUUAAAACACUUUUUUUCAGCUGUUAUAGAGCAUGUUCAUUUUUAAAAACAUUGCUUAAUCUGAAAAUGUUUUUAAACACUAUUCAAUAAAUCAGUCAUUAAAAAAAAAUCCUUAAUGUUUUGUAAAUAGGGUUAGCAGUAAAUAAGAGACUUUUCCUGUAUUGUUGUUUUCUUUUGCGUGAAUUGACUGGGCUGAAUUAAAUGGUGGAGCCUUCCCUGUCAACUAUUACAAAAAAUACAUAUCUUAAUUAAAUAAAAAAAAAUAUAUAUAUAUUUCCAGACAGUUAAUAGCUUCAGAUGCCAAACGGUUAUGGACACAGGAAUGGGAGAACUGCUAUCAUUAAAAUAUACCUAUUUGUAACGGGAAAGUACUGUAGUUGUAUAAGAAUUAUAACACUAAAUACUGUGAUUACCUAGAUAAAAACAAUUUUGAAAAUAAUAUUAAGGAUUUGUGUGAAAUGUGAUUUGUAAAAUUGAUUAUUUUCAAUGGUCAAUAAAAAAAAAAAGUUUAAUAUA